GAGUAUUAAGCAGUCCAUGUUCCCGCCAUCCUUUUUUUGUGUUUAUAAAGCUAUGGUUGAAGGAAUCAUCGUUUCGUCAAGAUGUUUGCUCAAAGAGGAGUUGAGCUCAUACAGGAACUCGAAAGAGCUAAAGACUUCCUUCCACCCUUCAACGAAGAUGCAGUUCGCCAAGUACUGGAGGAGAUGAGAGCGUUGUUUGAGGAAAACCAAAGAGAUGCGAGCUCUGCUGUAGCAGGGGAAUCAGAAUACAUUACUUCAGUACAUAUUCGUCACUGUGCCCUAGAAAGAAAUAAGAGGUGUUUGAUGGCUUAUCUUUACAAUAGACUUGAAAGAAUCAAAGAGCAUCGCUGGCAUUUUGGAUCUGUGCUGCCUCCAGAUAUUAAGGCAAAUAUUUGUGAGCCUGAAACCCAGUUUUUUAUUAAGUACAACAAAUCCCUUGCUACAUAUAUGAAAUCUAUUGGUGAAGGGAGUUACUCCCUUGAUCUUACACAGAACCUAAAGCCACCCAAAAACCUCUACAUUCAAGUUAAAUGUCUUACAGAUUUUGGUGAGUUUGAAACUGAGGAUGGUGAUAUUGUAGUUUUGAAAAAGAACAGCUUGCAUCUGUUGCCUCGCGUACAGUGUGAACUUCUUAUCGCUCAGGGUGUCCUUGAGCAUGUUUCAUAAUGUUAUCAAUGGAUCUAGGUUUAAAAUAAAUAUUGUACAGGACAGU